AUGAGUGAAGAUUGGAAACUCUAUACAGAAGAUCCUAACGAAGAACCAUACCAAGGAAUACUAAAUCUUUUGCCGUCAUCAUUGAAAGAUGUCUGGGAAGACCAAGACCCAAUGAUGCCAGUCCCAAUUCCGAAAUCUCCCUCACCUCAAGCCCCUUCCGGAAUUUAUGAGGGUAAUAGUAUCCCAAAGCAUACAAAGCCAUUUCCAUUCCCAGAAUCAGCCCCUGCUUUGUCUUUCAUGGAAGAUCAUGAAGGAGCAACCCCAACUACUGAGCCAGAAGUCCUUGUAAAUCAAACAAUAUCUUCUGACACAAAAUUUUAUCAAGUUCAAUUCCAUCCAUUCAGAACAGAACUUUAUCACUGGUCGCAAAUUUCGAAUCUUAGCGUCGGUGAUUAUGUAGUUACAGAAGCCGAUAGAGGAUACGACGUAGGUAGAAUUGUUGAGGAGGUUAGAUCACCUCCAUCUCGCGAAUCUAAAGCUUCGAAAGGAAUUGUCCGAAUUGCUUCACAACAUGAAAUAUCUCAACUCUCACUUAAAACAGAAAGAGAGAAAAGAGCGAAAGAACUAUGUCAGACAAAAGCGCGCGAAUUAGAUCUACCAAUGUCGAUUGAUGGUGCCGAAUUUCAGUUCGACGGCAAGAAACUCUCAUUUUACUACACGGCAAAUGCUUAUGUCGAUUUUAGAAAUCUUGUUCGCAUUUUGUUUAAGACUUUCGGCAUGAGAAUUUGGAUGGUUUGGCAUGAUGGAAACGAAAGAGUUAAAGACGUACUUCAAAGAAGCGAACAGAAAUAA